CAAGUCAGUUUUGCGUGGCAUACUUUAUAGAGAAAUUGCUGCCAGCAAGACAUACUUGCUGACUGCAGAUUUUUUUUCAGAUUUACAGACCCUGCCUGCAGAUAUUUGAAAUUUUUACCUGGCAUCUCUGCUCUGUGCCCAUAGUCGCGUUAUUUCGUAAAUACUUCCAUCUUUUAGUGUUUUCGAUUUUGUUCGAUAGUAGAAAUCGAUAGCAGUGUGCCGAUCCGAUUAAAAUAUCGAUGUUCUAUAUUCAGCAUCAAUCGCUUCAAUUGUUUUUAAUCGAUUUUAAGCCGGUCGUUGUGAUUAAUUAAAUCGAUUAUCGGAAUACGAUAAAAACCGCCAAGGUAAUCGGUUUUGUGGACUGUAGGUAUUCGGUGUGGUGAACGGAUUGUUUCGACGUCAUAGAUUAAGCACAGUGGGUGAAAGGUGCGAAAUAUUUUUUUUCCAAUAGUCACAGUUAAUUCAGUGAACAAUGGCCCCACGUAGCAACAUCUGGAUGUUCUUCACCAAGGGUAUUUUGUCGGGCCAGUGCAACGAAUGUGGAGCUACCAUCAAAACGAUGGGAAAUACCAUGAAUAUGUGGAACCACUUGCAACGGCGGCACCCGAAAGAGUAUGCGUCGGUACGCGGAAACUCCUUCGUGGAAGAAGCCACUACCGAUCAUGAUCCACUGGCAGCCGAGGAGGAGGUUCUGGAACCAACCGGAACUGUACUGGAAGAUGGAUCAUUCCAAAUAGACAUCGAUACCGGAACUCAGCAAGUCGUGGAGGUUACUGCAAUUGUAGAUGACAUGAAACACAUGCCGAAGUCUACUCCAACUCAUUCCAGCAUGACCACUUCUAGCACAAUGGAUGACGAUCUGAGUGAAUUCCUAGUUCCGAAAGAGGAACGCAAACGAGAGCGUGUGAAGGUGGUCAUUGAAUGGACCUGCGAUGCCAUCAUGAGGUUAAUUUCGGCGGUCCAUAAGAGACCGCUGCUGUGGAAUUCGGAACACCCGGAUCACGUAAGCAAGAUUCUACGCGAAACCGCAUGGCAGGGUAUUGCUCAGGAUGAGUUCGAGGAUCAAUACGAUGCCGAUCAAUUGAUCGCCAAAUGGAACAAUCUGCGGAUACAAUUCAAAGCGUACUGGUCCAAAACCAAGCGUAGCAAAGCACGCCAUGAUUCGGGACAGAAAAAAGUAAUCUGGCGAUAUUUUAGACCGAUGGCGUUCCUUGCUGCCAGCAGCGACAGUUCUUUAUUGAAGGCGGUUACCGAACAAACCGAAGACGUGAAACACAGACCAAGACCUACUCCAACUCGAACCUCCAUGGCUAGUGCUCAGAAGCGGCGUUUGAGUCCGGAAAAGUCUGUUGCAAAAUUCUCAUCUCCUCCCGGGAAUCAUCUAUCGCAGGAUGUUUACGAAGAGAAGCGUUCAGUACAGAAAGUGGAAAAAAUCGACAGUUUUCAAGUUUUUGGCAAUUUUGUGGCAGAAGAGCUCCGUAAGAUUCCGGAUCAAGUGUUGGCCAACCAAGUACAGCGAAAGCUAACCCGCUACCUGAUGGACUGUAUGGACGAGGUGGAUGAGGCCUAUUGCCACCAGUCUCUCAACAAUUAGAAUUAGUUGUUAAAUGUUUCGAUUUGACAUAACCGACAGGACUGUGCCGUAUGACUCGUUUGGAAUAAUAAUUUCUGCUUGAUCUUUCACAUUGACUUUUAA